GCAGAGAAAAAAAAAACCCCAAAUCUCUCUCUCUCUCUCUCUCUCUCUUUGUGUGAGUGUAAGCCGCCAUUGUUGUACUAUUGGGAAGCAUGGUUUUGUCGAACAAGAAGCUGAAGCAGAAGCUAAGAGCCGAAGUCGCCGAGUCGUUAGAGAAAUCCGUGGGCGGAAAAGACCGGAGUAGCGAUGGACCGAAAGAACCAGACCCGAAUGCACAGCCCCAAUUGUCGCUGAAGCUGCUUUUGGACACGGCGAGCCAGAGACCCAGGUUGUCAAAGCGUGAGAAACGCAGAAAGGCCCUGCCUUUGCAGGGCUUGAAGGACUCUGAAGAGAAUAAGGGAGGUGGGUCAGAGGGUUUGGGUGAGGAGAAGAAGAAGAAAAGGAGUAAGAGGAAGAGAGAGGAAGAGGAGGGAAAAGAUGGAGACUUGGGUGAGGAGAAGAAGAAGAAGAAGAAGAAGAAGAGGAGUAAGAGUAAGAGAGAGGAGGAGGAGGGAAAAGAUGGAGACUUGGGUUCUGAGGGAAAUGGGGUUGUGAAGGAGACCGAGAAAUCGAAGAAGAAAAAGAAGAAAAAAAAGAAUAAGAAGAAUAAGAAGAAUAAGGGUAAGAUUGAGGAGGAGCAGAGCAAAGGUGGUGAGAAUGGAAGUGAAGGGCAAGGGGUCGCAGAGACAAAUAGGAACAGUGACAGUCAAGCAUACGAGGAGGUCAGUGCAAAAGUCUACGCUGGAGGUAUUCCAUUUUACUCGAGUGAGGAUGAUAUUCGAAGUUACUUUGAAGGCUGUGGUUCAAUAACUGAAGUUGAUUGCAUGAGGUUUCCUGAAAGUGGGAAGUUCAGAGGAAUUGCCAUUAUUACUUUCAAGACUGAAGCUGCAGCUAAACGAGCCUUGGCCCUUGAUGGAUCUGACAUGGGUGGAUUGUAUCUAAAAAUCCAACCAUACAAGGCAACUAGAUCCAAUAAAGCUCCUGAUUUUGCCCCAAAAAUAGUGGAGGGCUACAAUAGAAUCUAUGUUGGAAAUUUGUCAUGGGAUAUAACUGAGGAUGACCUGAGGAAACUUUUCUCAGACUGCAAGAUAUCAUCCAUACGUUUUGGUAUACAUAAGGAAACAGAGGAAUUCCGCGGCUAUGCCCAUGUGGAUUUCUCUGACAGUCUAUCGCUGACAAUGGCAUUAAAGUUGGAUCAGCAGAUUGUGUGCGGGAGACCUGUCAAGAUAAGUUGUGCAGUUCCUAAUAAAGGGACAGGAACCCAUUCAAGAUCUGCACCUACAAUUGAAGUAGCUGAAAAUGUAGCUGAGAAUGCUGAGAAUGCUGAGAUUGCUGGAUCUACUGUCAGCAGUGGUAAGAUAAGGAGGAGGACAUGCUAUGAGUGUGGUGAAAAGGGCCAUUUAUCAUCAGCUUGUCCAAAGAAGCAAAAUGCUGAAUCAACAAAUUCCAUUGCAAGUUGAGCAUGUAUGAAGAGUUCCCAUCAUUCUUUGUUUCCUAUUAAUAUUCA